AUGUUUAGACUAAUACCCCGUCAGCCAAUAAUAAGGCAUGUCUUACAUUCUGUCAAAUUAUCACAACGUACCUUAGUACACACCAAAGAAAUAAAAACACAACUUCAAAGAGAAAAAGACAAACAGAAGAAACGAAAGUUAAGACAAGAAUUAAAAUUUAAAUCUUUGGAAAAUCCAAUUGAACAUCCAUUACAUAUGCCUAUUGCAGAAGCAUUAAAUACUAUAAGAUCGUUUGAAGUAGGUAAACCAGUGGACAAAACAACAAUCACGUGUCAUUUGUAUGUACGUCAAGAGCAAGGUGCUCAUCCAAUAAAUGGAACUGUUGAUAUUCCAUAUCCUGUAAAUAAAAAGACAAAACCGUUAAUUUUCACAACUCAACAAUCAAUGAUAUCAGAGAUAGAACCUUUAGUAGGAUCAGAAAAUAUAGGUGGGAAAGAAUUAAUUGAUAAAUUCAUAAAUCAAGAAUUAUUACCAAGUGAUUUUACUCAUGUAUUCGCAACAAGUGAAAUGGAAAGUCAAUUGAGAAGUGUUGCAAGAAUUUUGGGUCCAGCUGGAUUACAACCAACAAAGAAAAAGGGGACUGUAACUGAUGAUCCACAUUCAAUAACAAAUAUUUUAAGGUCAUUCCAAAUUAAACAAAAAGAUUCAAAUAUAACUUUUUCUGUGGGAAAUUGUACAUUUAGUGAUUUUCAAAUUAUGUCAAAUUUAAAAGCUGUUAGUGAUGUUAUAUUCUCACAAAUUGAUCCAAAUGCUUCGAAAAAAACAAGAUUGGGGUAUUGUUAUAUUACAACGGCUAAUAGUCCCGGUUUAGUUAUUGAUUUUAAACAAGAGUAA